GAUUUGAUCGAUUGACACCUGCUACGUUGCGCUGCUUCCGGCGCUAGAUACGAGUAAAUACGUCUACCUGUAUUUCUGAGUCUAGAUCUGGUAUAGCGGUCUUCACCUGGAAUGGUAGUUUUGGCCUCAUGGGUUUGAACUUUGCCCUGGCGUUAAAAGGCCUCGUCACAUCCCUCCCCAGCUUUCCAAACCUCCCUCUUCCAAAGUUCCAACCAUGUCACCUUCGAAAAUCCAUCUGAGCGAAAUUGCGACAAGGCCUCGCUGGAUGACCUCCUGGGAGAGGCUCAGACACAAGGAGGCACACUGGCUCGUAGAAAUGAUCGCAGAAAUGAUGGGGGUGUUUCUCUACGUCUAUGCAGGUCUUGGAGCCACCGCUGCAUUCGUCGUCGGAACUCUCAUCGGGAGCAAUGGGUUAGGAUCGUUAUAUACUAUUGGCUUCGCUUACGCCAUGGGCAUCGUGUUUGCGGUUUCGCUCUGUGGUGCGACGUCAGGAGGCCAUUUCAACCCAGCCGUCACAAUUUCCUCUGUAAUUUUCCGAGACUUUCCCAUGCGGAAAGCAGCGAGAUAUAUCUUUGCACAGAUUUUGUCAGGUUACCUCACCUGCUUGAUCGUCUAUGUCCAAUGGAAAGAUUUGCUUUUGGUUGCAGAGAAAGUUCUCAUUGAAAAAGGCCUGUAUGACACCGUGAUGUUCUCGAGCAGUGGCCCAGCUGGUGUGUUCGGCUUCUUUGUCGCCCCUGGGACGAACCUACACCGCGUGUUCAUGAAUGAAUUUGUCACUGACUUCGUCCUCGGCCUGGUCAUUUGGGGCUGCCUUGACCCCACAAACCACAUGAUUCCGCCAGCAGCCGCACCUUGGCUCAUCGGAAUGGCGUACGCCGUUGCCGCCUGGGGGUAUUCGCCCACCUCAGUCGCCACUAACACUGCUCGUGACCUUGGUGGACGCCUCAUGGCCAUGACCAUCUGGGGAUCCAAAGCCUCAGGAGGAACAUAUGCAGCCAUUGCCGCGCUGACGAAUAUCCCAGCGACGAUUUGUGCUGCGCUGGUAUAUGAGCUAUUCUUGGGCUCUGCAACGCGGACACUUACACCGCACCAUAUCAAUUUCCUCCGUGCUCACAAGCACUACUACGAGGACAAUAAGAUCGCCCCAUACGGGUACCUCGAUGUGCUUGAUAUGCGACGUGGCCAAUCGGAAUCCUUCCAGUCCGACAUGGACGAGAAAGUGCGAGAGGGUCGUACCGAGGAAGUGGAAGUAUCUGGAGGCCGCGUUUAGUAACGAUAUGAGCAAUGAGGAGCUCGGAACGCCUGAGGCUUUCGUACGUACUAUGACGUUCAUGCCCUUGUUUUGUAUGACCGGUGAUCAGUUUCGAAUUCUGGUAAAGUUAGCUUUACAAAUACGAGCCAUCCCGAUAUUCAGCAUGUACCCCCCUAAUUCAUGAUGAUUGCCGUACGAAGCAUCCGGAAGGGUCACUUCAGAGACACAUUUUAGAUGCAGGUGCAACACGCAGUGCAUGAUCCGGCAACCAGGAAAAAC